GGAAGCGGAGACAAAGAAAGCGGUGUGCGGCUGCACCUAAUCUCUACUAACUAUUAAGAACCUAUUGGAGACUGCCCCCACCUCUACGUCCGCCCCCUACCUACGCCCGCCCGCCCGCCGCAAUCCCGCAACGGCCGCCGCGAAGGCCGCGAACCGCCCUCCCGCCCGCCCGCAAUCCCGCAACGGCCGCCGCGAAGGCCGCGAACCGCCCUCCCGCCCGCCCGCACGCCCUGCACCCAUCCACCCGCCCACACGCCGCAAACCCCGCCGUGACCAUGGUGAACCGCCCUCCCGCCCGCCCCAAUCUCCGAGAUCCACAGGGACGCAAGACGCUGCUGAUGGCAAAACCAAGGAAAACUCGCACCUCGGCUCCAGAUCCACCCGUAGCCGCGUUCGGCUUCCGGGGUGUGCUGUGGUGGGGACAGCGGCGACGGGUGACGGGGUGGCCGGGUCGGGGUGGGGGUGCGGGCAGGGCGGUGGUAUGGACGGGGUGGACAUCGGCGGCGGGCUUCUCUUCUCGUGGACUUACCACCACCUUGACCGCGACUUGAAUUGCUGGUUUGGUGUCUGAUGCGGGCUCAUCUGCUUGUUGCAAUCCGCUUUCCCCGAUUUAUUCUUACGAUUUCCAAGUAGUUUUGUGUUAUCUUCUCUCUCUCUCUCUUGGGAAAAGGGGUUUCAAUUCUGUUGGGAUCGACUCACCGAGUUUUGAGGUUUUUCGUGGGCGGUUUGAUUUUCGGUCGAUCCGAUCUGUGGCAGGCUUUCAUCAGAUGUUGCAAAAUUCGCUCGCAACCGUAAUCGCAGCGUUAUUGUCAGCCGCAAACAGUCCUUUUCUUGGUUGUACUGCGCUUUCCCCACUAAUGCAUCUAUUCGAUCUAACCGGUCUUCGCUCCGCAUUGGACUGUCGCAGAUCAGCGACCAUGGGAACCCGCGGCGUCGCCCUGCUGCUCCUCACGGUGGUGUUGCUCCAGGCGCUCCUCCCCGCGUCGUCGGAGGGCCUGGUGCGGGUCGCGCUGAAGAAACAGCCCGUCGACCAGAACGGUCGCGUCGCCACAUGCCUCUCCGUCGAGGAGAGGCAGCGCCUCCUCCUCCGCGGCGCCAACGCCCUGGGCUCAGGCGGUGAAGACGACUCCGACGUCAUCGCGCUCAAGAACUACAUGAACGCGCAGUACGUUGGGGAGAUCGGCGUCGGCUCGCCGCAGCAUAAGUUCACUGUCAUCUUCGACACCGGCAGUUCCAACCUCUGGGUGCCGUCCUCCAAGUGCUACUUCUUGAUCGCUUGCUACUUCCACUCGCGCUACAAGUCAGGGCAGUCAAGCACUUACAAGAAGAACGGUUUGACUCUUCCUUUCUUGUGUUGUUACUGUAUUGUUUUCCCGAUUUUCUCGUUGUGGACUGAGAUCUGCAUCACUUUCGUCAUACGUUUGUAUUUCCCAGCUGGAUUUUGAUUGUUAGGUACGCAGUACUGCACAUCCUCCUUGAUGUGACGUCGACAGGAUCUCAUCUGUCUUCCCGUCAUUAGAAGGCGCUACAGCAGUCCAUGUGUUAUUAGGGGAAAUGCGAAAGAGACUGUGUAGAGGAAUAGGGGCCAGGAAACUGCUAUUCUGCAGUUUGGCACGUUUGGUUUGGUGGUGAAGUAAGGAAAGGGAAGGCAAUGCAAGAAACCUUGGCUGGCCAUGGACUUGUCACUUGUGAGUUGUGAAUUUGUGAUGGAGAAGCAGAAGCUCCUCUCGGGAACAUGCUGGACCCUUCAUGAAACUUCGCGCCUCCACCGGAUUCAAGGGCUAGGUGAUGAUGGCCUUUGUGAAAUGUGAAUUCUACAAAUUGGUGGCCCAAUGGCCUUCUUGAAUGAAUUCUACAAAAAAGGGAAGCAUCUGGUCCCUUCCCCGGAAACGUUCCAGUCAAAUGACGAUCGAGUAAAACCGCUGGAAUCAUCUAUCGUCCCUUGUUGGAUGAGGUCCCAGUCAGAGCAAAUAAAAUGGUUUUCAUUGCUCAUUUGGUUGCCCAUCCUUCUAACUCCCAAUGUCAACAGAGUCGUACUGUGUUGUGGCCACGAGAGUGCCAGGACGGCACAUGGCAAUUGACAAACGACAGUGGCCGGCUGGCCGCCAACCGAAUCAGGCUCGUGCGCAAGCCUGCUUUGCAUUCAGAUUCCAGUCAGCUGUGAGCCGACUUGAACCCAGAACGCGAGCAUCUCACAAGAAUCAUCCUUCGUUGUGAUACCAGCGAUGACCUCAGCACUGUCUGCUGCAUCUCGUGGAUAUAAUCAAGCAUCGCCUAGGAAUAGCUUCACACACAACAAAGUUCAAUCCGAAACCAAAUCAUAAAUAGGCGGCAGUCCAAGCAUUAUUCACAGAGCGUAAGGACAAUGGCAACUGACCACAGAACAUUGUUGAAUGAUAACAUCUCUGCAAAUCCACCAGUGCAAACAAAGACUAGACCAUACAUGUAGGCAAAAACGAAAUACUUGUCGCAGCACAAGCCAGUUGCUACACCAUUGUCAGUUUGUCACUAAACUUGGAACGACAAAGAAACUUAAGCAGACAUUGUAGCCACUAACUCCAUAUUACCUUGCAGUGGCCUCGAACUAACGGUUGCCUUUGUAGCACCUAACAGAAACCAAAAUAAUAUUAAUAUCAGUAAGUGGUUGCAAACACGAGAAAGAACUUUUCAAAUAAAGGGGGUGGGAUAAACGACCCCCAUAUAAAUUAUAACUGUGUAGCAAAUUUGCAA